CAUGGUUCCGCGAAUACAUCGAACUGAAUACGCGAUUUAGGGCAGCAGCUAAAAACGAUUUUGAGAAAAAUUUAUAUAAACUGAUGAAUAAACGUGGUAUUUGGAAAAACCAUGGAGAACGUGCGCAAUCACGUAGAUGUUAAGCUGUUAAUGAAAUGGAACGGAAGGUAUGGUGCGAAGGCAAUGAUCGCUAAACCGAAUUUUCACAGUCGCAGCGUCUUUUCGGAAAACCUGGUCGCGAUCGAAAUGCGUAAGCUCGAGGUGAAAUUCAACAAACCGAUCUACGUGGGUAUGUGCAUCCUCGAUAUAUCCAAGGUCUGUUUGUACGAGUUUCACCAAGAGUACAUGUUACCUCUUUAUCGUGAUAAAUGCAAAGUUGUGUACACGGAUACCGAUAGUUUAAUUUACCAUAUCGAGUGCGAGGACGUGUACGAUCAAAUGAAACGCGACAUUCCGAGAUUCGACACGAGUGAUUACGCGCCCGACAACAUUUAUAGUAUUCCGCUCAUGAACAAAAAAGUACCAGGUUUAAUGAAAGACGAGAACAAUGGCGCUAUAAUGACCGAAUUCGUUGGACUUAGAGCGAAAAUGUAUGCUUUGAAGGUAGACGGUAAAAAAGAUACGAAGAAAGCGAAAGGUGUUAAGACCAAUGUAGUCGCACGAACAAUAACUUUCGACGAUUACAUGCAGUGUUUGAAAGAUCGCAUAGAAAUGACUCGAGAUCAAUCCCGUAUACAGUCAAAGCUGCAUAACGUGUACACCGUUUGUGAGACGAAAAUCGCUCUGAGUCCGCAUGACGAUAAACGAUACAUCGUACCCAAGUCUACAAACACCUUACCGUGGGGACAUUACCGCGUACCGUUAUAAAAUAUGCAUCAUAGGAUAA